AUGGCUUUUAUAGGCUGCGUGGGUGUGCUGCGCUCCUACAGGCCUUCUCUGUCGUCACACGCAGUCGUAGAAGGACACAGAUUUGUCCUCAGUUUGGGCUCACUUCCUUUUGUGUCGUGGGGGAGAGGAAUCACUCUUAUCAAGGUCAGAGCGUGCACGACCCGACAGCCCAGACUGGGAGAGAUUUCCGGGAUUGACUACAACUUUGUGUCGGUGGAGGAGUUUUUUUCGCUGGAGGAAUCGGGUGCUCUGCUGGAGAGUGGCAAGUUUAAAGGAAACUAUUACGGAACGCCGCGUCCCGUUCACAUCAGCGCCGACAGCCCGCCCAUUACGUAUCAGGAACAUCGGAACCUGCUGCGAAACUUCCGCACACGAAGUAAAUCUCUGAGUAACCUGGAGAAGACGGUGGACGAGGACAACAGUGAAGAGGACUCUGCUCAGUGUUGUUUUUGA